AUGUCCUCCUCGCAAUCCCUGCGCCGGCUCGCCGCCACCGCUCCCUCUCGCCCUACCCUGAUUCUGCGCCUCCGACCUGCCUCCACGAGGAGCCUAUCGCGAUUCGCCAGCACUUCUAGAGCAUUGAAACCGCUAUACAUCACUCAGUCCCGCCAGUUUAGCCUCUCAAGUCGAUACAAUGAAGAGCAAAGGGUCAAGACGCCCGAGAUGGCCGAGUCCAUCUCCGAGGGCACGCUGAGGAGCUGGAACAAGUCGGUCGGCGACUAUGUGGAAGAGGGCGAAGAACUCGGCUCCAUUGAAACCGACAAGAUCGACGUGGCCAUCAACUCCCCCGCCGCCGGCACCAUCAAGGAGUUCCUCGCCAACCCCGAAGACACCAUUACUGUGGGGCAAGAGAUUGUCGUCCUCACGCUGGGUGGAGAGCCCGGGGAGAAGUCGGACUCCGGGAAGCAAGAGGAGUCGAAAGAGGAGAAGAAGCCGGACGAGUCGCAGCAAAAGUCGGAGUCUUCGAAGGAAGAGUCAAAAGACCAGAAGCCGAAGCAAGAUGAACAGUUGAAGCAGCCGAAGCAAGAAUCGCAGCCGAAGCAAGAAUCGCAGCCGAAGCAAGAGUCCCAACCGAAGAAGCAGGAGACCAAGCCCUCCUCACCACCCAAGCAACAAAAACAAGACUCCUCCGAGUCCCAAUCUGCCAAGGCCUCACCAUACGGCACGCGCGAAGAGCGCCGCGUGAAGAUGAACCGCAUGCGUCUGCGCAUCGCCGAGCGCCUGAAGCAGUCCCAGAACACCGCCGCGUCGCUCACGACCUUCAACGAAGUCGACAUGUCCUCGCUGAUGAACAUGCGGAAAGCGUACAAGGACGAGAUCCUCAAGAAGACCGGCGUCAAGUUUGGCUUCAUGGGCGCCUUCGCCAUGGCGUCCAUAUUGGCCAUGAAGGCCGUGCCGACGGUGAACGCGAGCAUCGAAGGUCCUGGUGGAGGCGAUACGAUCGUGUACCGUGACUACGUGGACAUCAGUGUGGCCGUCGCGACCGAGAAGGGUCUGGUCACGCCCGUGGUGCGCAAUGCUGAGAGUCUGGACGUGAUUGGCAUCGAGCAGGCGAUCUCAGAUCUUGGAAAGAAGGCGCGCGACAACAAGCUCACCAUCGAAGACAUGGCCGGCGGCACCUUCACCAUCAGCAACGGCGGCGUCUUCGGCUCGCUCAUGGGCACGCCCAUCAUCAACCUGCCGCAAACUGCGGUGCUAGGCCUGCACGCCAUCAAAGACAAGCCCAUGGCCGUGGACGGUAAAGUGGAAAUCCGGCCGAUGAUGUACCUCGCGCUUACUUAUGACCACCGAUUGCUGGAUGGCAGAGAGGCGGUCACGUUCUUGGUGAAGAUCAAGGAGUACAUUGAGGACCCGAGGAAGAUGUUGCUUCCUUUGCCGUAA